GUGUGCGGGCAGUCAUGAGAGCUUCGUCCUCGCGCUUGCCCGCGCGGCUCCUCCUUCGUCAAAACCUCUCUUUCUCCAUCUUCGAUACUUUUCCCUCUUCGCCUUCCAAUCCCUCGAAGAAGAGAUGCUGCGCUUCAUUCUCAACUCCGUGUGCUUGCAAACCAGCAAACCAAACCCAAGGGAUCGAAGAGAAUGGCGGCAGCAUCGGCGGAGCAUCUCAAGAAGCGCACUCGCUCCGGCAUUGAGCUCGACCGCGACCUCUACAAGCGCUACGCUUCCCCUGCCGCCGGAGGCCACGUACCCGUCAUGCUCGGCGAGGUUCUUGACGCCUUUCCGCCCUCCCUCACCCUCCGUUCCUUCGUCGAUUGUACUCUCGGUGCCGGUGGCCACUCCGCUGCUAUAAUUGAAGCGCACAAUGAGAUGCAGAUGUAUCUAGGGCUGGACAUCGAUUCCAUGGCCCAUGCCAUGGCUCGGCAUCGAAUUGAAGCUCUCCUUGAUGGUGCUCCUGGCUUGAAGGCCUACACUCAUGUCAGGAAUUUCAAGUACAUCAAAUCCGUGCUCACUGAUGUUGAUGAGAACCUCCUCAAUAAUGGCGUCGAUGGUAUUCUUAUGGACCUCGGAAUGUCAUCCAUGCAGGUGAACAAUUCUGAAAGGGGAUUCAGUGUGCUUGCUGAUGGUCCCCUGGACAUGCGGAUGGAUCCUCAGGCAAGUUUGAAAGCAGAAGAUAUCUUGAACUCUUGGCCUCAGGUGGACAUUGGCCGAAUUUUGCGUGAUUAUGGUGAAGAGAGCAACUGGAAUUAUCUCUCAAAGAUGAUUGUGGAUGCCCGUGCUAAAGGGGGUUUGCAUUCAACUUCUGAACUGGUAGAUCUUGUUCGUAAGACAUCGGCAAGGUCAGGAGGGAGGCAAGGUUGGAUCAAGACCGCGACACGGGUUUUUCAGGCACUUAGAAUAGCAGUAAAUGAUGAACUGCGUACUCUAGAGGAUGCCCUCUAUGCCUGCUUUGAUUGCCUUUCAUGCGGUGGCCGGCUUGCUGUUAUCUCCUUCCACAGCUUGGAGGAUAGGAUUGUUAAGCGAACUUUCCUUAACCUUGUUGAUAAAGUUGUCGAUGAUGCAGAUAUAGAUCGAAAAGAAAUGAACAAAGAAGAAGUUCAAGACAAGAAGGGGCACAUUCUAACUAAGAGACCGAUAACGCCUACACAGGAUGAAGAGAGACUUAAUCGCAAAUGCAGAUCUGCAAAACUUAGAAUAAUUCAGAAGUUAUGAAGAAAAUUUGAAACUUUUUGUGCUAGUUCAUUUUGUACUAAUUUAUCUUCCUUUAAGAUGCAGGUUGUGUUUGCAUGUGAAAUGGAAGGAAUAGCAAGGAGUGAGCUAUUUGUGAGACUAUCACUAAGAAGAUCUUGCAAAUGCAAUGUAUCCAUUGUGUAAGUUCUAAUGGUUGGAUUUCCUUUCUUACUUCUUAAUUUAAUUAUCCGAUCCAUUUGUUA